CCCUAACGACACGCACGAGUUCGCUGUCGCGGCGGCGUCAGAACCAAGGGCGCGGCCGCGCGGGCUGGGGUUGGGAUUGGAUUGGACUCCGAGGAGGUGGAGGAGGAGGAGGAGGCGAGAGGCUUGUGGGGAUGGGGGUCUCGAGGCUCUUCGCGGUGGCGCUGGCGCUGCUGGUCGCCGCCGCGGCCGUUGCUGGGGCGGCCGCCGAGGAGCCGGUGGUUGUGGACUCCGUGGCCGGCGCGGUGGAGGUCGCGGCGGCGGCGGCGCUCAAGGCGGAGCUGGAGCAGCUCAGGGCGAAGAUCUCCACCUUAGAGUCAGGCAUAGCAGAGCGAUCCCAGGAACUGAAGAGCAAGGAUGAUGGCAUCGCAAAGCUGGAGAAGGCAAUUGAGGAGAAGUCAAAAAAGAUUGCUUCUCUGCAGGGCGAGAUUGCUUCCCUCCAGGCAAAGGGGUCUGUUGCUGCCGAGGAGCAGAGAGGCAAGGCCAAUGCCCGGGCUGUUGAGCUUGAGAAGCAGAUUGACAAGCUCGAGAAGGAUAUUGAAGCACAAAGUAGCCAGAGAACAACAUUUGAAUCUAGGGCUAACGUUGCUGAGAAGAAGGUGGAAGAGCUGAAUGCAAAGCUUAAGGCAGUCCAAAAGGAAAGUGAUGAGCAAAAGCGCAGAAUCCAGAAGACAGAACGUGCUCUUAAAGUUGCUGAGGAGGAAUUGAUGAGGCUGCAGUUAGAAGCAACAACUAAGUCAAAACAGCUGACAGAGGUUCAUGGAGCAUGGUUGCCACCUUGGUUAGCGGCGCAAUAUGCUCACUAUGUGGAGGUGGUCUCAGGUCACUGGAAUGAACAUGGAAAACCUGCCAUGCAGAGUUUUCUGAAGAAGGCAUCAGAAAAAUCAGCACAUGCAAAGAAAUGGGCUGAACCUCAUAUUGAGACUGCUAAGACGAAAUGGAUUCCUGUUAAAGAAAAAAUGGUUGUCCUCAAGAAAAACGCAGAACCUUACGUACAAAAGGUGUCAACAAGAUCAGUGGAGUUUUACGAGUCAUUAAAGGAUGCUGUUACACCUCAUGUUGUCAAAGUUAAAGAGUUUGCUCAUCCCUACUUCCAGGAAGCCAAGAAGUUCUCCAAACCUUACAUUGAUCAAGUUGCUGAGGUCACGAAGCCACAUGUUGAGAAAGUUAGAACUACUCUUAAGCCGUAUACUAAAAGAGCAGUUCAUGCAUAUGGGUCAUUUCUUGAGUCAGCAACCACAUACCACCGGCAGGCUCAAGCAACCAUCUUGGAUUAUCUUCACCAGCAUGAGAUAACAAAAUCACUUGCGACGAAGGAGUUGGUUUGGUUCCUGGCUUCUGCGUUGCUGGCUCUGCCUGUUUUCAUCAUAUACAAGCUUCUACUAGAAACUUUCUGCACCAAAAAGCAGAAAAGAUCUCGUGGUGGUAAUGGUAAUCAUGGCCACAGGAGACACAAGCGCCGGCACGCUGAUAAGUAGAUCGGUAUUGGGCACUUUGGGGUUUAUUUGCAAUGUAGGGUUGCGGAUCUUCAAGCAGGAUCACUUUGCUCUCCUUCCAGAGGCUGUCCUACUGAGCCAUCGAGGAAGGAGACCUGUGUCAUGGGUAACCCUAACCGCGAAAGCGCCGUACACCAAAAUUUCUCUUUUUUUUCCACCCCAGGUGUAUUAUGGACAUCUGUUGCAGCAGCCUUUUUUAUCUGCACAUUUGCUGAGGUUCAGGGGUUAAGCCUCAGCCCUUGUUUUAUUUGUUGUUGUUUAUUGUAACUUGAUAAUGCGAUUGAGUCUGCGUGCUUGUUUUUGUUGGUGACCUACACCCUGACUAUCAUGUAUACAGUGGUUGUUUAGCAA